AUGUAUAAUUUGCAUGCAACAUCAACAUCAGUGGUAAUGCUUGCGUGGCAUUGCGGUUUCCUGAUAUUGGUGCUACUUAUCAUGAUGAUAGUAUUUGGUAAUUUGGUGGUCCUUCUUGCUGUACUCAUUGAUCGUGAGUUAAGACGAUUGGCAACGAAUAAAUUUAUUGCAAGUUUGGCUAUUUCUGAUCUUCUUGUUGGAAUUGUUGUUAUGCCAUUAUCACUUUAUGCUACGGUUAAUGAAAUUCAUUGGGAUUUAGGUGCCACAUGGUGUCAAUUUCAUUUAGUAACUGGAGUUUUUUCAACAACUGCUAGCAUUAUUCAUCUUACUGCUAUAAGCCUGGAUAGGUAUUUUGCAAUAAUGUUCCCAACCGAAUAUCAACGACAUUCGAUAGCUACCAGUACAUUUGCAUAUCUUAUUAUGAUAUGGCUUGUAUCAUUUGCUGUUAGUAGUACACUUUUUAUGGAAAAAUCAUUGGAUGAAGAUGGUUUUUGUUGGGCCAAAAAUCCACAAUAUCUGGUCUUAUCAUCAUUGCUAUCAUUUUUUAUUCCUGGCGUAAUUGUCGUCUAUUUGUAUGUUAAAAUAUUUCGUAAAUUACGCCAUCAUCGUUUAUAUAUAUUUGGCCAAAUGGGUUUAUUGAAACGACAACAAACUAAUUAUUCUGAACGAAAAAAUUAUAAAACACAAUGCUUACCAAAGGUUAUUAGCCAAUGCAGUGUAAAACUUAGCCAAACAAAUAGCCUUGGCGGCGGUAAUGAUAGCACUUGGAAUGGAACUUUAGGCUCAUCAAAUCAACUAAAUGCACAUCUUAAGAAUGCCGAACAAAGAUGCUUUUCACCAGCUACAACUACUGAAGCAUUGAAAGAGGAUUGUUUGACGGUUUCAAAAAAGCGAGGCAGUGUCACAUUUGAUCCGCCAAGCAUGGAAUUAUCAUCAAUAACAAUAAAUUGCCCAUCAAUUGAUAAUGCUGAUAAUCAAUGCUUAUUAUUGGAUCAUCAUAUAACCUCUUUUCCUGAUGAUAAUCCAUCCAAAGAAUCCAAUACAACAAAUGAUGAAAGCCCUUUGAAGUCAUCGAUAGCUGCGAUUACUGGAUCUGAUUCGAUGAAAUUACCUGUUGUAAAUGUUUCUUCAUUCAGUGAUUCAAAAAUGCUCGAUGAUGUGAAAGAUGUGAAGGAAUCAUCAAUGUUUUUAGCUUUACCAAAACCUAUUAUGAAUCUUCCUUCCACAUCUACAACUGCUGUUUCACUCAAAGUGCCAAAAUGGGAUUGUUGCGCAUCUCCUGUUUCAACAGUACACUCGAAUUCAAGCUGCACUUCGACCAGUGGUAGUGGUGAUAUUUCAAGAAGGAUUUCAAUGAAUAGUUUUGAUACCAGUAUAACAGAGGAUGGUACUGAUAGUACAAUUGAAACACCGAACUCUAGGAAGAUAAGUACGUGGUCAACACUACGCUCCAUGGUACAUGCGCCUGAUUUUACACCAUUAGCUGGUACUAAAAAUUCAGUUACCAAUAAUGCUUCGGGAUCAAAUCGACGAGGAGCAAUGUCUCGUGGAAAAUUGAGAAAAAUUGCUAUUCAGGUAACACGAGCAAUACGUCGAAAACGUCGUGAAACGUUAGCAAUAAGACGUGAAACUCGAGCUACAGGUGUUGUUGCUGCCAUACUUA